GAAAGAAAAGCAUCACUCAAAAAUGAGUAACUCCGCAAUAGAUAAUACUUGGACUAAAGAUUUAAGAGAAACCCUCAAUGACAAACGCAAAGCAACGAAAGAAAGGAUAUUGUCACAAUCAGACAGCAGCAGAGAAAAUUCAAGCAGUAGGAAAAGGGCAAAACCCAAUGAGAAAGCAGGUGCUAAACCAAGAGCAAGUAAACCAAAGAAGCCUGUUGAACUAGAGACUGACCCAUUAACAUUACAAAGAAGACAGAAAACCAUUGACUAUGGAAAAAACACAACUGGCUACCAUAACUAUUUGCAGCAUGUACCUUUAGACAAGCGCACUAAGGAUGACCCAAAGACCCCUGAUAAAUAUUCAAAAUACAGCCGCAGGUCAUGGGACCAAUUGAUCAAGAUAUGGAGGUUGAAGUUACACGAGUAUGAUACUGAAGGAGCCAAGUCAAGCACUGGGUCUAACUCUGGCUCAGUUGCUGGUUCCACUAGUUAUUCUGAUGAAGAAGAAGAGGGUGAUAAUGAUGAGCAAUAGAUAUUUUAGUUGUAAUUAGUCAUAGGAGUUGUUACAAAACCAAACAAUAUCUGCAAGACAUGCUGUUGAAAUUCAGGGUGUAUUCCCAUCUGUCCCCACUGGGUACAGAUGGGAAUAGUCGCAUUCAUAU